UACACAAAUAAAUGGGCAGUGGAAAUUGAGGGUGGUCCAGAAGUCGCUAGGAAAUUGGCGGAAAAGCAUGGAUAUGUCUGCUUGGGUCAAGUAGGAACUCUGGAGAACUAUUACCUGUUUGAAAGCAGGAGGUUCAAGAAAAGAUCUGUUCGUCAAUCUCAACAUCGGCUGCAGGCUCUCGGCCGUGAUCCUCAGAUAAAAUGGGUUGAGCAGCAGGAAGGUCUUAGAAGGUACCCCAGGUCAUUCCUACCAAAGAAGAUGAAGUUUUCUGACCCUUUGUGGCCCAACAUGUGGUUUAUGAAUCGCAAUGGAUACACGAUGAAUGUGGUGGAGGCCUGGAAGCGUGGCUACACAGGGGAGGGGGUGGUCAUUGCCGUCAUCGACGAUGGGCUGGAGCACAACCACACCGACCUGGCCGCCAACUAUAACAAAGAAGCAAGUUACGAUGUGAUAGAUGACGAUGAGGACCCCAUGCCCGACUACAAGAACAAGGAGUUACGAAACCACGGGACGAGAUGUGCCGGACAGAUAGCGGCAGUGGCCAACAACAAGAAGUGCAUUGUUGGGGUGGCUUUCAAGGCCACUAUUGGAGGU